AUGAAAAGUUUUAGUGCCCGGCCAGCGCCGCGGGCAGCGCAGCACCAGAUGUCGGCGACCCCCUCGAACAACGUGCACCUGCUGCCCCAGACCAACCAGCUGCUGGGGCUGUACACGAUCAUCCGCGACCGGCGCACGAAGCGGCCGGACUUCAUCUUCUACGCGGAUCGGAUCAUCCGGCUGCUGGUCGAGGAGGGCCUGAACCAGCUGCCCGUGAUGCCGGCGACGGUGGAGACGCACACGGCGCAGAAGUACGACGGCGUGUCGUUUCUGGGCAAGAUAUGCGGCGUGUCGAUCAUCCGGGCGGGCGAGUCGAUGGAGCAGGGUCUGCGCGACUGCUGCCGUUCUGUGCGGAUCGGCAAAAUCCUGAUCCAGCGGGACGAGGAGACGGCGCUACCGAAGCUGUUCUACGAGAAGCUGCCGGAGGACAUCGCGGACCGGUACGUGUUUCUGCUGGACCCGAUGCUGGCGACCGGCGGGAGCGCGAUCAUGGCGACGGAGGUGCUGAUCAAGCGGGGCGUGCGGCCGGAGCGCAUUUCGUUCCUCAAUCUUAUCUGCUGCCAGGAGGGCAUCGACGCUUAUCGCGCGCGCUUCCCGGACAUCAAGAUAAUCACGGGCGCGAUCGAUAAGGGCCUGGACGAGCAGAAGUACCUCGUGCCCGGGCUGGGCGACUUCGGGGACCGGUACUACUGCAUAUGA